AUGAACAAUGUAGACAAACCCACAGAAGGUCCGAUACCACGGUUCUAUGGACUACCGAAAGUGCACAAACCCGAUGUACCACUACGACUCAUUGUCGCAUCCACAACGGCACCCAACUACAAUCUCCCAAGCUACCUCUUCCAACUACUACGCCUAUCCUUACCUGCAAACCAAAAUGAUGCAAAAAGUCCCACGACAUUCCUGGAACGCAUCAAGGGACUGACCAUUGAGCCAGAUGAAGUGGUAGUCUCUUUCGAUGUGACCUCACUGUUCACCAACAUACCGAAGCAAAUAGUCAUUGAAAGCAUCCAACACUUAUUGUAA